AUGGUCGCAAAAGCCAUGGCCGCGACUUCGCGUGAAAACCUCGCAAGUCUCAUCCACUCAGCCAAAUUGGCCAUUGACAUACCUUCAAAGCUCGACUCAUUGCGCAAAUUGAAGACCGAACUGCCUCAAGAAGAUCCUGUCAUUCUCACCGAGUUUCUCCCUCCGCUUUUCGACUUCCUCUCGGAUCGUUUCAGUCCUGUUCGCAAAUUUGUUACAGAGAUGAUUGGUGAAAUUGGAUUGAUGAACACUGAAUUCUUGCCUGAUAUUGUGCCUGUGUUGAUUGAUGUUUUGGAUGAUGAUACACCGGCUGUUGUUCGACAAGCUAUACUGUGUGGAAUCGAUUUGUUUCCUUACACACUCGAGAAAAUCGCGGUUCAGGGUCUAUACUCUAGUGAUUUAGACAGCGCAGUUGAAUCUGCGUGGGAGUGGAUGAUUAAAUUCAAAGACAAAGUAUACUCAAUAGCAUUUCAAAAUGGAAGGGGUGGAGCAAAGCUGCUGGCAUUGAAGUUUGUUGAAGCAGUUAUUCAUCUUUACACACUUGAUCCUAAUGGUUCCACAGAACCCACUUCUCAUCAAGGAAAACAACCAGUAUUUAAUAUCUCGUGGCUGAGGCGGGAUCAUCCUGUACUUAACAUUGGAGAUUUGUCAAUGGAAGCCAGUCAUAAUUUGGGUCUCUUGCUUGAUCAACUUAGGUUUCCAACUGUGAAGUCUCUUAGUAACUCAGUAAUCAUUGUGCUGAUUAAAAGCCUUUCAGCAAUUGCUAUAGACAGGCCUGCAUUCUAUGGUCGCAUCUUGCCAGUUUUGCUCAGUUUGAAACCCUCAAGCUCUGUUGUUAAUGGGGUGUGUGUGUCUGCGGCACAUCUUGCUCUAAAGAAGGCCUUUCUUACGUGCACGAAAUGUACACAUCCAAGUGCUGCCCCGUGGAGAGAACGUUUGGCAGGUGCCUUGAAGGAGAUGCAGUCCGAAGGGAAGGCAGAUCAGGUGUUCCAGCCAAUCUCUGCAAGUAAUGGAAGUACAUUACCAAGAGAGGAUUAUCAACCAGUUAUCAAGGAAGAGGAUGCUGCAGUAAAUUUGUUUGAUUCAGGGCACAUAAAUUUAGGAAGAAAACGAUCAGGAUCACCAAAUGGAGGUGAUUUAGCUGAAGAUGCAGAUGUUCCUGGAAAACGUAUUAGAACAACAACUGAUGGUUUACAACAUAAACCUAAAAUGGAAUUAGAUGAUGGUACUGCUAACACACAGGAUGACACUCCUUCGACUGCACUAGCAUCUUCAAAAGGAGAUGCAGAUAAUGGGCCUGUACAGCAGCUUGUUGCCAUGUUUGGUGCUUUGGUUGCUCAAGGUGAAAAGGCUGUUGCAUCUUUGGAAAUUCUUAUCUCAAGUAUUUCUGCUGACUUACUAGCUGAGGUGGUGAUGGCAAAUAUGCGCUAUCUACCUCCAAAUUGCCCUAAUGCUGAAGGAAAUGAUGAACAGUUGCAUGAUAUUAGUAUAUUUGGUUCUCACGACAAGGCUAAAUAUCCACAAUCAUUUGUGGCUGGUGUUAUGUCACUUUCUAGUACUUUCCCGCCCGUUGCUUCACUUCUUGAUGCUCAUAUAUCAGUGUCCAAUGUUCAUCAAUCAGGGUCCAAUGUUCACCAAUCAGUGUCCAAUGUUCAUCAAUCAGGGUCCAAUGUUCAUCAAUCAGUGUCCAAUGAUUUAGUGAAAUCUCACGGGGAGGAAGAAAUUUCUUCAACUGGAGUAGAUAGCAGUGUUAUGCAUUCUGGCAUGAUUCUUUCAUCUCAAAAUGCACCAUCACCUACUGAUUUUCCAUCUUCUGAUACUUGUAUACCUGGAGUGGAGAAUGUCAGCACAACUCUGCCUUGUGACAUAGAUGACGUUGGCAACUUAGAGAGUGGAAUCCCUGGUCUGGAUUCUUUUGGUCGAAAUGAUGCAUUGUCAGAAACUUUGGCUGCUCCCUCAUUGGUUUCCUCUGAUAUGCAAAUAGAAGAUGCCAGUCAAGAGCAAGUUACGAGUUUGGAUAAUAGCCCACCCUUGAGCUUAGUUCCUUCAAUAUCCGCAGAUAAAUCUGAGGAGCUAAGCCCAAAAACAGUUGCUACAGAUGUCAAUAGUUUGGUGUCCUCAACAGCUACUUCAGUUGUGUUGCCUUCUCGUCUAGUCUUGCCAACGAUGAUUGCUCCAGUCGUUGAUCUUGCAGAUGAACAGAAGGAUCAUUUGCAAAUAUCAUGUUUUAUGCGUAUCAUUGAUGCAUAUAAGCAAAUAUCUGUAGCUGGAGGCUCAAAAGUUCGAUUUUCAAUACUUGCUUAUUUAGGAGUUGAGUUUCCUUUGGAGUUAGACCCGUGGAAAUUGUUACAAAAGCAUAUUUUGGUUGAUUACUCUAGUCAUGAGGGACAUGAGUUGACAUUGCGUGUCCUCUACAGGUUAUUUGGUGAGGCUGAAGUGGAGCCUGACUUCUUUUCUUCCACAACUGCAGCUUCUGUAUAUGAAACAUUCCUCCUAACAGUGGCAGAAGCACUUAGAGAUUCUUUUCCACCUUCGGAUAAAUCAUUAAGUAAACUGCUCGGUGAAUCUCCUUAUUUGCCAAAAUCAGUUUUAAAAAUUUUAGAGAACAUGUGUUCUCCUGGAAAUGGGGAUAAAGUUGAAAAGGAAUCAUACGCAUUGAAUGCGGAUAGAGUUACUCAAGGUCUAAGUGCUGUAUGGAGUUUGAUUCUUCUAAGGCCUCCCAUUCGGGAUACUUGCUUAAAAAUUGCUUUACAGAGUGCAGUGCAUCACUUGGAAGAAGUGCGCAUGAAAGCAAUUCGUCUGGUAGCAAAUAAACUUUAUCCUUUAUCAUCAAUUUCUAAGCAAAUAGAAGAUUUUGCGAAGGAAAUGAUGUUCUCAGUGAAGAGUAGUGACGCUUCUGAAGCUACAGAUGCUGAAGGGUCCGUUGCUGAUUCACAAAAGCUUGCAAAUGAACCACUGUCUUUGAGUGGCAGUACUAAGGAUGUCUCAGAUAAUCGGCAACCAAGCACAUCUGAGGCCACCUCACUACUUUCAGUUUCUGAGGCUCAGAGGGGCAUGUCUUUGUAUUUUGCUUUGUGCACAAAGAAACACUCCCUCUUCCGCGAAAUAUUUGUCAUCUAUAGAAACACAUCAAAAGCAGCAAAGCAGGCUAUUCAUCGUCAGAUUCCCAUACUAGUUCGUACAUUGGGUUCAUCUUCAGUUCUCCUUGAAAUUAUAUCAGAUCCCCCAAAUGGAAGUGAGAAACUCCUAAUGCAGGUGUUGCAUACACUUACUGAUGGUACAAUCCCUUCUAAGGAUUUAAUAUUUACUGUGAAAAGGUUACAUGAUUCAAAACUUAAGGAUGCAGAGAUUCUUAUUCCAAUAUUGCCAUUCCUACCGAAAAAUGAGGUAAUGCCGGUUUUUGCCAACAUUGUUAAGAUGCCUUUUGAGAAGUUUCAAGAAGCACUUGGUCGCAUAUUGCAGGGAUCAUCACAAUCUGGUCCGGUGCUUACACCAGCUGAAAUAUUAAUUGCUAUUCAUGGAAUUGAUCCUGAAAGAGAUGGAAUUCCCUUAAAAAAGGUAACUGAUGCAUGCAAUGCUUGCUUUGAGAAGCGACAAACUUUUACCCAAGAAGUUCUUGCCAAAGUUUUGAAUCAAUUGGUUGAGCAAAUUCCUCUUCCUUUAUUGUUCAUGCGUACGGUAUUACAAGCAAUAAAUGCUUUUCCAACAUUGGUGGAUUUUAUUAUGGGGAUUCUCGCUCGCCUUGUGAAGAAGCAGAUAUGGAAACAACCCAAGCUAUGGGUGGGAUUCGUGAAGUGUUUGCAAUUGACAAAACCUCAGUCAUUUGGUGUUUUGCUUCAGCUACCUCCACCACAAUUGGAAGCUGCAUUAAAUAAAGUUCCUGCACUGAAGGCACCAUUGAUUGCUCAUGCUAGCCAGCCUGAUAUACAAUCUUCACUUCCGAGGUCUGUGCUGGUUGUUCUAGGCAUUGUUUCCGAUUCUCAGGUUUCAAGUCAGCCACAAACUAGCCAAACACAGACAGUUGAAACAAGCAACUCAGAUAAGGACACAAUGACUGAAAAAUCCAAAGAAUCGUCUGCAGCGAGCUAA